AUGAAUGGAGCAGUACGACCCCGCCCUGACGUGUGGCAGCCGGAGUCCCGUCUCCACUCGGGUAAAAGCCAGAGCAAGGAACCCGAGAGACCGCUUCCUCCCGCAGGCCCUGUGGCAGUUGAUCCCAAAGGUUGUGUCACCAUAGCCAUCCAUGCGAAACCUGGUUCCAAACAGAACGCUGUGACAGACUUGACAGCGGAAGCCGUGAGUGUAGCCAUCGCUGCGCCUCCGUCGGAAGGAGAGGCUAACGCCGAGCUCUGUCGCUACCUUGCCAGGGUCUUAGAGCUCCGCAAGAGCGACGUGGCUCUGGACAAGGGUGGGAGGUCUCGUGAGAAGGUGGUGAGGCUUUUGGCCCCCACAACGCCGGAAGAGAUCUUGGAGAAAUUAAAGCAGCAAGUCGAAAAGAAAUAAAAGCCAGUUUUGAGAAAUACAUCCUUGACAAGCUUUUGUAUUGCUAUUAAUGAAGAGGCUGUUAACUAAGAAAGUGCGUUUUAAUGCCCAGAGGAACAUGGAAAAAAAGUACUGCACAUUGGCCGUAGCGUCUGAACUCCCUGAGCCCGGCUCGGGUGCGUUCCUCCUGAGUCCAGGCGCCACAAAAUAAGGGAGCUGGGAAGGUUGUUCAAGACGGCCUCGUUGCGCUCCUUCCACGCUGCGGUGCCGCUUCUGACGGCCCGAAGGUGAGAGACUUCUUGGGGACCACACCGCGCGGGGCGGCAGUGGGUCCCGGGCCCUGGACGCCCGGCUGGACGCCCCUCCCCCGGACGGUGAGUCAGCGUGCUGAGGACCGCCCUCGGGCCCAGCUCACGGGGACAGAGGAAGACCUGUCGCCCUGCUUAGUCUGUCUUUUAAAAGGCUUCUCUAAAUGCAAAGAUGCGUUCUGUGUCUUUUUAAAACUCCAAGGGGCAUUUUCUAAAAAAGUAAGUAAGAAUGAUUAAGACUUGUAAUUUCGUGUUCAUUAACGAUUUCGGGAAAGUCACUGACUUUUCAUCGUCCUUGGACGGUAACUGCAGUCUUCAGGUCCAGUAGCUCUUCAGAAUCUCCGAAGAGCCUUAGAAGAGGAGGACCCGGAAGCUAUGCUCAGUGUUUGUCAAAGCCUGUCAGCGCUCAUAUGCACGUUAGAGCUUCAGAAGCUAGUAAUAAAUACCUUGUUUUUAAAUCUCCA